AUGUUAGUCAAGUUCCGUUCCCAUGCAGUUCGCCUUGCGUGGUGCAGGUAUAUAGUACGCACGAACUCAACAGGCGCCCUUCGAACGCCGUUCUACGAUUUCCAUAUCUCACACGGGGCGAAAAUUGUUGAUUUUUGUGGAUUUUCUCUACCCAUACAGUAUGCGCAACAGAACAUCCUUGAUAGUCAUAAUUACGUUCGGAAGAAUUGCGGCAUAUUUGAUGUAUCCCAUAUGCUACAGGUGAGGAUUCAUGGUGCAGAUCGGCUCUAUUUCAUGGAGUCUCUGACCUCUUCUGAUUUACUCAACCUACCUCCUGGAACUGGAACGCUCUCCGUCUACCUGAAAGACGACGGAGGGAUACUGGAUGAUCUGAUUAUAAAUAAGUGCACUGAACCGUACCUUUACGUCGUCUCAAAUGCUGCUUGUGCAGAAAAGAUAACCAGUCAUCUAAGGAUGAAGCAGAUUGAAUUUUCACAAAGUGGGAAAGAUGCGACGGUGGAGUUUCUGGGUCGAUAUGCAUUGUUGGCCGUGCAAGGUCCCGAAUCGUACAACAUUCUGAGGCAAAACACUGACACCGAAGGUCAGCGGAUUCUGGACAAUCUCUACUUUAUGGAAUCGUCCAUCAUCCCUUCUUUGUUUGGUUUGAAUGAUUCUUCAGAUCCCAUCCGAAUUACCCGGUGCGGUUAUACUGGUGAGGAUGGCUACGAGAUUAGUGUCCCUGACAAACUCGCUUUGGAACUUGCCAAUCGUAUGAUGGAAACCAGGCGUGUGAAACCUAUCGGGUUGGCUGCGAGAGAUACAUUACGACUUGAAGCUGGCAUGUGUCUGUAUGGAAACGAUCUAUCCGAGAGUGUCACGCCGGUGGAGGCUUCACUCAGCUGGCUGGUGGGGAAGCGAAGACGCCAAGCAUCUUCUGACCCCCCUAUUCGCGGUGGCAAAAAAAUAUUGGCCCAGUUGAAAGACAAGGCGCAAGUCUCCGAAAGGCGGAUUGGGAUUGCUGGCGGAACAGGACCCCAAGCUAGAACCGGCGCGAAAAUCUUCAGUGACAAGAUAGACGGGCCGGUUGGUCAGGUGACUAGUGGAUGUCUAUCACCAACGCUGGGUCGCAAUAUUGCGAUGGCUUAUGUCAAAUCAGAAUUCACCAACCCGGGCGAGAAGUUGCAUGUGGAAAUUCGCCAGAAGUUGUACCCAUUUACAGUGACAAGUCUCCCUUUUGUGCCCAAUCGCUAUGUAAGACGUCCGAAGAAUAACUGAUGCAAGUGCUUUGUAGGAAUUCAAAGUCUUUCCAAUUUGAUGCAACUUUUUUGUCAUAAGGCCUAUUUGUGCCCAGAUUUUUUCGAUUCUUGAGAGCUGAUUCAUUUUUUCAGACAAGUUGAUUAUUUUCUAUCCUUAUUUUGAUUCGUGUGAUUUUUGGAUAAAUUUCAACAACAAAG